GGACCUGAUAGAACUCACGAUGGACUUGAAAAAAAGGGACGUAUUUGAUUUCAUAUUUUAGAUAUUUAUUAAUUAAUCGCUGCUUCCAUUAGAGUCCAAUUUAAACUCCUUUUGUACUUGAGUUGUUACGUAUACGAGUCUUCCACCAAAUAAUAAAAAGAUUAAGAAAAAACAUCCUAAACUUGAGUCGCAUACUGUGAGUCAUAAGCUGUUCUGUUUCCAUCAUAUCAUUCAGUAUAAUUUAUUCCUGUUUUUUUUAAAAAAAAGUAAUAUUAAGUGAUUAAAAGUGAAACACGUAACUUGUUAAACGCAUUCCUGAAUCAGCACUUCUUGUCAUUUGGAGGACAUUUAACAAUAAGUGGCAUUUUAAAACCAGGAAUUAGUAAUCCAUUUACUAAAUUCAAACCACAAAUAACUCUCUCUUAAUAGUAAUUCGACAAUAAUAGAUAGAUCAGUAAAAAAAAAAAAAGUUCAAGUGUAAAAUUUAGAUUGUUUUUUGCAACGAAAAGUUAUUUUUGGGAAAGUAUUUUCGCAAGAAUUCUCGGAGGAAUGAGGAAUUUUAAGUCAAACCCGUCUGUAGAAGAACUGGUUUGUAGUUACCCAACAAUAUUCCUAACGGUUUUCCUGACCUCAAUAGAAUGAAGGACAUCGAGGAAGUGCAGUUUUAAGCAUUCGAAAUCCAGUUCUAUAGUUUAUUUCUCUGAUUGAAAAUGAAGUGGUUCGUCUGGAUUAUCCUCUGUUUCGGCUACGCUUUGGCCAUACAAUGUCCUCCCGAAAAUGGAUUUUUUCCUCACGAAACACAAUGCGAUAAAUAUUACGAGUGCGACGGAGGAUACGCAAAGGAACGUUUAUGCCCAGAUGGGUUGGUAUUUAAUGAAAAGGGUAAAACUUCCGUGCAUUGCGAAUCCCCUUACGCCGUGGAUUGUUCUACUAGACCCGAGCUACAGCCUGCAAAAGAAAACGACGAAUGCCCAAGAAGAAAUGGCUUGUUUCCCGAUAAAGACGACUGCGCCAGUUUCUGGAACUGUGUCGAUGGUAAAGGAACAAAAUCAAGUUGCCCUCAUCCAUUGGUCUUCAGUAUCAAAAAAGGAACUUGCGACUGGGGUAAAAAUGUAGACGAUUGCGAAGCGGCGCAAGAAAAAGAAUCUAAAGAUUCCGCAUGUCUGAGACGUUUCGGAACGUUUCCAGAUCCGAAAGACUGUAGGGCAUUUUGGACUUGUGUCGAUGGAGUUGGAAGUCGAUCACUUUGUCCAGAUGGACUAGGAUUUAAUUCCAAACGUGGAUCGUGCGACUGGGCAGAUUCCCUACCAGAUUGCGAUUUGGGAAAAUAUUAUGACUUUAAAUGCCCUGAAGACUUGGAACUCACGCAGGGAGAUCACGCAUAUUUCCCAUUUCCAAAUGAUUGCAGGAAGCAUUUUGCUUGCAUCAGAGGUAAUGGAGAUAAGAGUUUACUACGUUUAUUAACUUGUGACGUUGGUUUAGUUUACGACGACGAAACCGAACGUUGCACGGUUCCAUCGAAAGUUCAAGGAUGCGAGGAUUAUUAUAAAUCGGAUACCUCUACAGAAGUUCCUAAAAGGAAGUAUAAGAAGAAAGAAGUUGAAACUUCCACUACCUGUGUUACUGUACUUGUAAAUGGCGAUAAAGUAUUUAAAACUGAAUAUUUGUUCAACUUAAUUUCUACACAAAUUAAACGAAUAUUCCUACAUUUUGACUUAAAAAAAAGAAGGAAAAUAAAAAUGUAUUCUGUCUUAUUCCUGACUUGCAUUGGAAUGGUUUGGGGAUGGAAGUGCCCAUCUGAUACUGGCUUCUACCCUCACGAAACGGAUUGCGAUAGAUAUUACGAAUGCAAGAAUAAUGUCUCUACAGAAGGGCUAUGUCCGGAUGGAUUCGUAUUUAACACCAGGAGUGCUCCGUUGUAUCUUAGGUGUGACUCACCCUUUAAUGUCGAUUGCUCUAACAGGCCAAACUUACAAAAACCUUACGCAUCUGCCAAAUGUGAGAGACGUAACGGUUUGUUCCCCGAUAAAGAAGACUGUCGAGUAUUUUGGAACUGUGUAGAUGGAGUCGCAUCUCAAUCGCGAUGUCCCGAAGGAUUAGUCUACAAUUCUAAGAGAGGAAAUUGCGACUGGCCUGACUCUGUUAACGAUUGCGAUAUUGAAAAACUCGUCGGUUUUGAAUGUCCUCAAGAUGAUACAGCUUCACGUGGUGUAUACGUUUAUUAUCCUCAUCCCGACGAUUGUAGAAAGCAUUAUGCGUGCGUUAAAGGUGAAGGCAAAAAACCAUUACCUCGACUUUUAACCUGUCAUUAUGGUUUAGUUUAUGACAUCGACACAAAAAGAUGCGAAUUACCCGAAAAAGUCAAAGGAUGCGAAGAUUAUUAUCCGGAACUAUCAGCUCCUGCAAGUGAAAGAAGCUCAAAGAAAGUGGAUGAAGAGAAAGAUGCACCCCUUCCUGUAAAUUAAAAAUAACUUUAUUUGCA